AUGACUGAGACGACACGCAGACGUCAGCACGUGAAAAAUAAGCGACUGAGGAGCAAAAGAGGAGCAGAAACGCGAGUGUCCGUGUCUCGUCGAGCCGUGCCGGUGAUCGCAGCCUCAGCUCGGGAGAUUCAGCUGCUGAGACGAUUACAGCACAAAAACAUCAUCCAGCUGGUGGAUGUGCUGUACAACGAAGAGAAGCAGAAAAUGUAUAUGGUGAUGGAGUACUGUGUCUGUGGAAUGCAGGAAAUGUUGGACAGCGUUACAGAGAAGAGAUUUCCUGUAUUUCAAGCUCACGGGUACUUUUGCCAGCUUCUGGAUGGUCUUGAAUACUUGCACAGCCAGGGAAUUGUACACAAAGAUAUUAAACCAGGGAAUUUGCUGCUCACUACAGACGGGGCGCUGAAGAUCUCAGACUUGGGUGUAGCGGAGGCGCUCCACCCGUUUGCGGAGGACGACACGUGUCGGACGAGUCAGGGGUCGCCAGCGUUCCAGCCUCCAGAGAUCGCCAACGGCCUGGACACGUUUUCAGGGUUCAAGGUGGACAUCUGGUCUGCUGGAGUCACACUAUACAACAUAACCACGAGCCUGUACCCGUUUGAAGGGGACAACAUCUAUAAGCUAUUCGAGAACAUUGGGAAGGGCGACUACACUGUUCCUGAGGAGUGCGGCCCGCUGCUUUCAGACCUGCUGAGAGAUGAUGUCAUCACGAUCGGUCUCUCGGGUCAUUUCCUCUUCCUGUUUAGCUGGGUGCGUAAGAAACACCCGCCCUCGGAGCCUCCCGUGCCCAUCCCGCCCAGCGCAGAGACGCGCGACCCCUGGCGCAGCAUGACGGUGGUGCCGUACCUGGAGGAUCUCCACGGUUACGCUGAGGAGGAGGAUGACGAGCUGUUCAACAGAGAGGAUGACAUCAUAUACACUCAGGACUUCACUGUACCAGGGCAGGUUCUGGAGGAUGAGGAGGAUGAGGAAGAGCAUGCUCCGGAGCGCACCUGUGCUGUGGCCAAACCGGUGUGUGUGAACGGGACGGAGUCGGCUGCACUCAAGCCCAAAUCCGAGCGGCGCUCCAGCUCUUCCUCCAAUCCCUCCAGGAAGGGCAUCUCCGCCGCCAGCAAGAUCCGCAAGCUUUCCACCUGCAAGCAGCAAUGACCCGGUGCUGCGCUGCACACCGGCGCUCCUCUGUACAG